AGGCAGGGGAGGCGGUGGAGAAGAGGAAAGCGCAGCAGAGAAGGCGUAUUGAGUGCAGCAAAAUCUAUCGGGGACACUUACCUCCAUCACUGGGCAUCCCAUCCCUGCCCUGACUACCCCACACCUCUGCUACAAACCCACUCAGGAGAGGAGACAAGUGGAAAUGAAGAAUCUCUGGCUGUUACUUUGUAUCCAUGUGGGGCUCCUGCUGGGCAAAAGUUUUGGGGCCCAUUUCUCUCAGCAACCCUCAGACAAGGUCAUAGUUGCUGGCAAAUCGGUGACUCUUCCCUGCGUAGUGAUUGGCUACAGAGGCGUGGUCCAAUGGACGAUGGACGGGCUGGCACUGGGAGCAGAAAGAGACCUUCCAGGUUGGUCCCGUUAUUCUGUUGUUGGAGACCCUUCUUUAGGAGAACAUAACCUGCACAUUGAAGGGGUUGAGCUUAGUGAUGAUGCCAUCUACGAGUGCCAAGCAACACAGGCAGCACUGAGGUCACAGCGGGCACGUCUCACGGUGCUACUUCCCCCAGGAGACCCAAUGAUACCAGGAUCCCCAGUCGCCAAUGUCCUGCUUGAUGUACCCUACAAUCUCACCUGUCUUGCUUCCGUCGCUAAGCCUGCUGCAGAGAUUACCUGGUUCCGUGAUGGAAAGAAGCUGGAUUGGGCCAUCUACACCAAGGAACUGCUGUCCGAUGGCAAGAGUGAGGGUUCGGCGAGCAGUCUGUUAAUCACCCCUAGUCUGGCGGAUACAGGAUCCAGUUACACCUGCCGAGUGAGGAAUGAGGCCCUGCCAGAGGGCAGAGAGAAGUCUGUGACAUUGAGUGUGCAGUAUCCCCCCAAAGUAACGCUGUCGGUAGAACCCCCUACUAUCACCGAGGGUGGCUCCGUCACAUUUUUGUGCAGUGCAGUUUCCAACCCAGAAGUAACUGGGUACAGGUGGGCAAAGGGGGGUGUCCCUCUGGCCGUGUCAGGAGACAAAUACACUGUGGAGGUGGAUCACACUUUCUUCACCGCUCCAGUCUCGUGCGAGGUGUCCAACAGCGUGGGAGCCAGUAACGUCAGCACGGCCGUCAAUGUGCUAUUUGGGCCACGCCUUCUCACUGAGCCACGCCCUAUGACAGUGGACAUUGGCGAUGACGCCUCUUUCUUUUGUGGCUGGACUGGAAAUCCAACGCCUACGCAAUUUUGGAGCAAGAAAGGAACGGGAGAGGUUCUCAGCAAUGGAAACACACUGUUACUGACAAAAGUAACCCGCGAAGAUGCCGGAGUAUAUGUCUGUAAAGCCAUUGUGCCGCGCAUGGGGACUACAGAGAAAGAAGUGACCCUCAUGGUGAGAGGGCCACCCAUCAUCACUAGUGAAGCUCACUAUGAGAGCAUACUGGGAGAAAAGGCACGGAUGGAGUGUGUCAUUGAGUCCACCCCUACCCCGGACAGAAUUGUCUGGGCGUGGGAUAAGCAAAGCCUGGAAGAAGGUUCAUGGGGCCGUUUCUCAGUGGAGACACAAGUCACUGAAGUGGGGGCUGUCUCCUUCCUGGUCAUUGAUGGAACGGAGAGGUCGGAUUUCCACACUGAGUUCAACUGCAGUGCUAUCAAUCAGUAUGGGGAGGAUUCAGUUAUCGUGUCUCUGCGGCAGCAAGCUACUCUUCCUCUGACAUUCUUGCUGAUUGCCGUUGGCUUGGGGACCCUGUGCAUCUUUGUACUCGUCAUCACCUCCAUCCUAUGUUGCCGACGACCAAAAAAAGCCGUGAAGGACACGCAGAUUCUAGCCGUAGACAUGUCGGGGAGCGAGCCCAGCGAGAGGCACCCCAGUGACUCUGAGGAGGAUCUCAAGGAGCCAUUGCACACAGACACGGAAUCCCAGAGAACAUCCCAGACGGAGCACAGUGACAUCCCAGACGAACCCCAGGACCCAACCAACGGUUAUUAUAAAGUCCGAGCUCAUGAAGACACCAGGCCUACAACCAUAAUGUACCCGGAGUUCUCCUCUCCGCCACGCCCCCUCUACUCCACCACUUCCUCUCUUUCGCCGUUGUGCCCCACCCCUUCUGGGCCCCCUAAAAUCUACGAUUAUGCUCAUCGGUAUGCCACCACUCCCAGAUCUGGAGGUGAGCGCCAUCACAUGCCACAGGGGUCAUCAUCUCAUUUGCCGCAAGGCCCCACGCAUUUCCCACCUGGCCCAAGUCAUGUGUCUCAAGGUCCCACUUAUUUGCCACAAGGCCCAACUCAUUUACCACAAGGCCCAACUCAUUUACCGCAAGGCCCAACUCAUUUACCGCAAGGUCCAACUCAUUUACAGCAAGGACUCACUCACCUACCACCGGGCCCCAGUCAGCACCCAGCACCUUACGCCAGGGCUUUCUGUAGCUACGUCCGCCCGGACAGGUUCGACUCAAUGGACCAAGGCCCCACUCUGUCUCGGCUCUCCUAUGCCUCCCUAACCAGCCACAGUGAUUUUGGCCGGCCUUCACAGCAACGGAUGCAGACCCAUGUGUGACCUCAUUGCCCAUCAGAUGACCUCAUACCAGACUGUGAUACUAUGGAUUCUAUGGUAUAGGAAACUAGAGACUUUGACAUGGCAGAGAUUGCCAGGCUGGUGGUCAAAAGUGGCCCAGAUAAGGCCAUGACCUGCUUCUUCAUGAAGACAAGCACCUACCACAUCAUGGCCCCAAAAUGUGAGGCACAUACAAUACCCAAUCAACCGGCAGCACAAAAUAAUGAAAGGGAACUAUUUGGAUUUUAUUUAUUGGUGGAAUUGGGCCCUAAUGGGGGUGGCGUUACCUCCCCGGUGGAUAUAAAAUAUAGUAUUAUUACAACUCCUCUCUAGGAUCUUUCUGGAAAUUCUGGAAUCACUUGCUGCCACCUACUGGCCAAACAGAAUGGCAUCACUUUGUAAGUGGAGGGGAAACGCUGCCCCUAGUGGAAACCAGAUGAACUGCAAUAUAAUUUAUAUUGAACCAGACUUCUAUAAUAAUAUAAAUGAUCAAACGUCGCGAUCUGAAAAAAAUAUAUGGAAAAGGAUUACAUGGGACGUAGCAUGGACAUUUUAUUUUCAUUAUUUGAGUAAAAUCAGGGGCAUUUGUUUCAAUCCCCGAGAUAUAGUUUCACGGUUCCCUCCAGAGCAGUUGCGCUGUUAUUUAUUACUUCCCCUUUGCACUUCACAGCCGCAGGAAUUACAGGCCCCUGAGCGCUCGCAAGCACUGGAGUUACACUCUGUAUUUGUGUUUAUUGAAAUAAAUAGUUAAUGGCGUGAGUACGUUUAUUGCUAAUAAAAUCCUGUGGAAUUCUAUGUAGAGCCCUGGGGCAGCUCUCACCGCUGGAAAGUCGGCAGCUUAUAUGGAUUGUUUCAACUUUCCCUUUUAUUUUCUUUUUGGUUUCAUGCCUGCGGUUUCCCUACAAUUUUAUAUUUUAUUUCAUUGUUCCGGAGGCUAAAAUCCUUUGCUUCCCACCUGACUCCGUUCCGCACAAUAACUCGUCACUUUUCCACGUUUUUAUGUUCCUGCCUUAAUUGUCUGCGCUCCUGUAUUUGUAUAGGGAGAAAUCCAGGCUGCAACUGUCACAUUAUAUAUCUUUAUAUAUAUUUUAUUUCUGCAUCCUCUCAUACUGUCCUAUGCCUGGAUUUGUAAGGCACAGACAAUAUAAUUUGUUUUUUUUUUAAUUUGUAAAGAAUCUGAGAAUAUUUAUAUUUAAUUAAAAAAAUGUAAAAA